AUGGGGCUAUUUAGGAUUGUUGUUAAAGAAGCAUGGGAGAAAACAUUCUUAUUUACAAAGUUCUUAUGCUUUUUACAUGUUACCGACAACUAUCUGGUUGACCCUGUUAAGAUCUAUGGUCCUAGCAUGCUUCCUGUAAUCGAUUUGAAUCCAAGCAUCUUUCUUGCUGAAAGGAUAACACCUCGAUCUGGUAAAGUUACUCAUAGAGAUAUUGUUGUCUUCCGCUCACCUCAAAACCCUAGAAGAACUGUCACAAAGCGUGUGGUUGGAUUAGAGGGUGAUACCAUUACAUACGUCUCUAAUCCCGAAAACAGCGAUAACGAUAAACACGAGACAGUUGUGGUUCCAAAGGGUCACGUUUGGGUACAGGGGGAUAACAAAUAUAAUAGCACCGAUUCUAGACAUUUUGGUCCAAUUCCUUAUGGCCUUAUUGAGAGUAAGAUAUUCUGGAAGGUAUUUCCACUUGAUGAUUUUGGAUCGUUCUGGAGAAAAUGA